UGACAGGUAUAAAUACCAGUUGGUUUUGCAAAUAAUUUCAGUUGGAGGUAGAAUACGAUUGGGUUUACACUGAUGCUUCUAGCUUUAGAAUUGCCACGACUUCUCAUUUCAUCGACCAUGCUGACGGCAGUGGGCGUGGUCUAUCUACUGGUUGGAGUAUGCUUGGCCGACAAGACGCUGGACUUGGAGAAUGGAGUGAUCGUACAUAUGUUUGAGUGGCCUUACUCAGAAAUCGCAAGAGAAUGUGAGGAGUUUUUGGGCCCGAGAGGAUUUGCUGGCGUCCAACUUUCACCUUCUACAGAGCAUAUUGUGGCGGAAGGCCAGUGGUGGGAGAGGUACCAAGUGGUCUCGUAUAAUCUGGUCAGCCGCUCAGGCGACGAGGAACACCUUCGAAAUAUGAUAACAAGAUGCAACCGUGCUGGGGUUUGGGUGUUUGCUGAUGUAGUUUUCAACCAUAUGACAGCUGAUAGAGACAACUGUCGUGGUUUUGGAGGGUCAUUGUGUUACCCUAGAGACAAAUCUUACCCAGGGGUCCCCUACUCAUCUAAAGACUUCCACGAUCGAUAUUGUAACCCCAUAGACUACAAAGAUGCAGGACAGGUAAGAGAAUGUGAACUUGAUGGCCUGCAUGACUUGAACCAGGCUCUUGAGUCAGUCAGAAAACCGAUAGUGGAACUUUUAAACAAAUUAAUAGAGUUUGGUGUCGCCGGAUUUAGGAUAGAUGCAGCUAAACACAUGCACCCUGAUGAUUUGAAAAUAAUCUACGAAAGGUUGAACUAUCUGAACACAGAACAUGGUUUCGAAGAAAAAACUAAACCUUUGAUAUACCAGGAAGUCAUAGACAAAGAUGGACAGGAGGGAGUACAUUACGAAGACUAUACUCCAUAUGGAUUAGUCACAGACCUCAGAGUGGGCAAAGAGUUGAGGAGUUGUUUCCAUAAAAAUGAAAAAGGGGAAAACAACCUGCUCACAUACCUGAAGACAUUUGAUACUGAUUGGAGUCUCGUGCCCAAAGAAAAAAGUGUUGUGUUUAUUGAGAAUCAUGACACGGAGCGUGAACACAAUGACAAGGGCGAAUUGACUAACACUCUUACUUAUAGACACUCAAGAGCUUAUAAGAUGGCAGUGAUGUUCAUGCUAGCUAUAAAUGAUUACACUCCCAAGAUACUUUCCAGCUACAAGUUCGACAAUUUUGACCAAGGCCCUCCCACACUGCCACCGAGCCCUAGCCGCGAGAAUCUCUGUUACAACGGCUGGUUGUGUCAGCAUCGGUGGCGUCAAAUAUACAAUGGAGUGGAAUUCCACAACGUCGUCAGAGGAACUAAACGCCAGUGGUGGGACAAUGGCAAAAACCAAAUCGCUUUUUGUCGAGGAGAUCAAGGAUUUGUGGCUUUCAACUUUGAGGACUACGAUAUGAAGCAGACCAUCCAGACAUGUCUGCCAAAAGGAGAAUAUUGUGACAUAAUUUCUGGAUCAGUCACAUCCACUGGGUGCUCUGGCAACAUAAUAAAAGUCAAUGAAAGAGGAGAAGCAGAGAUAAAAAUUUCAAAGUUCGAUCCAUACAAUUCUGCUGAUGACGGAGUUGUGGCAAUCCACGUUAAAUCAGUUAAGGGAAGCGGAGUUGAAAUUGAAAGUGGGGGUGGUAACUGAAAAAAAAUCUUAGAAAUUAACAAGUAAUUUCAUUCCUUACCUCAAUAAAAUAUGCCGGUAAUUGAAAAAAGA